UACCUACCAAACAAAGAAAGAAGUCCUUCGCUUCAUCUUUCUCUUUCUAUCUUCCUUCUUUCUAGUCAUGAUCUUGACUCAAGUCUUCUUGCAACCCUUAAUCCCUUAUCCUCAACCGCACUAACCCCAAUAUUUUCCACUAUCAACCCCAAACCCUCCAUCAAUGCAACCUAUUAAUACCUACCUCAAUUAUUUAACCCUCCCAAUUCCUCACCAAACCCAAAACCCAAAACUUCACUCUCUCUUUCUCUUCUUUUUCUCUCUCACUCUUAUUCUUUCAAUUCAAAACCUUUUUUCUUAACCCAAAUGACGCGCAUGCUCAGAAUUCUCAAAUCUGCCGACAACGCCACGGCUGUUGCAGCGGCGGCUCCGCCGCCGGAGGCGGUGGCCCUGGAGUCCGAUUUCGUGGUGAUUCUGGCGGCUCUCCUGUGCGCUUUAAUCUGCGUGGUGGGACUGGUAGCCGUGGCGCGGUGCGCGUGGCUACGGCGAGGGCCGGGUGGAGGAAACUCGCCGCGGCAAGCGGUGGUGAACAAGGGGUUGAAGAAGAAGGUGCUGCAGUCGCUGCCGAGGUUCGCGUACGUGGACAGCAACCCGAGCAAGUGGGUGGCGACGACGGAAUGCGCGAUUUGCCUCGGUGAUUUCGCCCCCGGCGACGAGAUUCGUGUUCUUCCGCAGUGCGGCCACGGCUUCCACGUGUCCUGCAUCGACAGGUGGCUGGGGUCUCACUCCUCCUGCCCUUCCUGCCGCCAGGUCCUCGCCGUCGCCAGGUGUCAGAAGUGCGGCCGCUUUCCGGCCACCGCCUCAAGAAGCGGCGCCAGCGAGCCCGAAUUAAAGUCCAGAGAAGACAGCAAUGCUGCUUCGAUAAGUAAUUGCAGUAAUAACAACGGUGAUGGCGGUGGAAGUGGUAAUCACGCGAAUCAUCACCAUAGCCACCACUCUGACAGUGGGUUCUUGCCGUGAACAUAAUUUCUGUAUUUAUUAGUUUUUCUUUUUACUUUUGUACCUUUUAAUCCCUUCAAAGUUAGUGGAUCAAAGAGAUCGGAAUUCUGGCAA